UUAUUUUAACCAAAGAAUAUUCUGCUCAGUUUGUGCAAGCGAUCCUCUUCUGUUUUUUUUUCUUUCUAUUGAAGUUCGAUGUCUAGUUAUAAAGUAUCUGGUUCAUUUCUCGCUUAAGAAAAUGGCCUUUUCUGUGUUUCCCAAAGAAAGUUCAAUCUGCGAAAUGACAGUGGGGAUCUUAAUAGUCCUGAUCUCUGUUGUCCCUGAUUGGGUGGUAUCAGCUCUAUGCCCAGAUUGUACGGGCCAGAUAAAAAGAAUCAAUGCUACAGGCCAAUGCCACAGUUGUUUCCCUUGUCCAGUAUGCUUUGAGGGUUCAACUUCAUCUGUCCAAUGUGGAGCUACUGUUCCUUCUUGGACAGAUAUACAUUGCAUUGAAAUCCAACUUCACCAUCAGACAAGUUCGCAAACAAGCCCUGCAAUUUUUGCCACCACAACAAAUUUGGUCAUUUCUGCCACUAGCUCCUUGGUUCAUGGUGGUUCCAGCAUCUCACAAAGUGGAGAAUCUAGGUCAACUAAAGACCCAAACACUGAGAACACAUUGCCACCAUUAGGCAGUUAUUCAAACUGGAAGAGGCAGACUAUUGUUUACAUAUUAGUUGGAAUAGCUCUUGUUAUCCUAUUCUUGGCUAUUGUGUUCAGAUUUCGAAAGAAAAGUAAAGGUGAAAGUCAAUCAGCAGAAACUACCGCUGAUGAUCUCACUUCCGUCCAUCAUAAUCCAGUCCAUCAUAGUCCAGUCCAGCCAUUUCCACAUCAAAAUCAUGAAACUUGCCAUAUUGACUUUGCAAGAAGGCAUGCUGUUUAUCGAUGUGGCCAUUCAAGUGAGACUGUAAACAAAUCCUCCUUGGAUAUACUGCCAGAUCUGAGGGAUGGGACUAAGAGUAUACCUUCAGGCAGAGGUGAGGUAGUUGCACAGCUUCCAGGUACUCCUUCUUGCAUUGAUGAAACACCAAACUUUAUACUUGGUCAGAUGUCUAGCCCCAUGGCUUUCCAGCAGCCUCAAAACCAGUUUCUUUCACCUGAAUUGUGGUCUCAAUCCCAUAUCAAUUUUGUCAGGAAUUGUCCUGUGAUUAUGGGUGUGCAAUCAUUGACUGCUGUCAACUGGCCAGUGUUAACAAAGAAAGAAAAGUACAAAACCAAGAUUUUGGAAAUGCCAUUCCAGCUUUUGCAUGAUAUUUGUUUAUCACUUGACAUACAAAGAGGAGAUGGCAAAGACAAAAGACUUCUCGCAGAGAAGCUUGGAAUUAAAGUACCUGACUUAGAGGUUCUCCAACAGGCAUUAAUAACUAAGAAUAUGGCUUGUCCUGUUACGUAUGUUCUACUAAAAGAAAGAUUUUCUGCAGUAAAACCUAAAGGAACUGUGGGGGAUUUUGUAGACAUAUUAAAAGAGAUGGAAAGGGAGGACAUAGUCAAUAAGAUCAAUGGUCUGAAUGAAAACAAAUUUCAGUAACACAGAGCCCAGGAUCUAAUAACUUUUUAGUGGGCAUGAGCUGCAAAGAAGAUUUUUAAAAAAAAACUAUUUUCUUGUUAAGUUUGUACUAAACCACUUCAAACAUGCCACUUGUAUAAAGAAAGGUUGAGGUCAAUUCAUGGUCACACCUGUAACCUGAUCAUCCCUCUGAUGUGUCUGUGUGAUCAACCUUAAUUUUGACAGUCCAACUCAGAAAACCAUCAUCAGAAGAAAUAUUCAGUGAUAUCAUUUUGAAAAGAAAGCAGCAAGAGUUUGUAGAUGAAGAAAUAGACAUGUGCUUCAAAUCAUUUAUUAUGCUCAGUUAAUUUUUUUUUUAAUUAUCCAUUGAUGUGUGAGAAAUAAUCUUGUAGAAUGAGUGAUUGAAAGAAAAUCAUUGAUGUGUAUUGUUAAUUUAAAUAUGCAUGUUUUCCUUAGACUGAGAAUUUAGUGGAAAAACUAAACUUUUGAUCAGAAAAUGAAGUGCAGUUCACAAUGAACAAACAGGGCUCUAAGCUUUACCCUUUAUCCAAGGUCACCAUUUAGAAAAAAAUCUCCAGAAAAAAAGAUGGAAAUGGCCAUUUUAGGCGAUAUGGCAAGUUAUUAUUUUAUGUGAAUAUUUGUCUCACUUCAACUUCAGACCAGAAACUGUUACUGCUUUUUAGAUGACUAAAAAACACAGCAAUGUUUCCCCCCAAUUUUUUUUACUUACAAUGAAAAGUUUAAAUGUAAAGAAGAAAAAGGCGAGUUAACCUAACUCAACUUGAUGGAUCCAUUUUCAAAUCUUACUGACUGAUAGUAGUAGCAAUGAUGUAUUUAUUGUUUUUUGUUUUGUUUUGUUUUUUAAUUUCAUAAUGUCUCCUAUAUCCAACCCCACAAAAGUAUGCAAUCUUUACAUGGUCAAUGAGCAUGAUUAUAUUAUAUUAAGUGGAUACUGAUAGAUCACAUUCUGUCAAGUACUGAUUGUGUUUUGAUUACUACCUAUUUCACUUUCUUCUAAGAUGUUUGUAUCUUAGAAGAUAGCGCAAUGUCCCAAGCGACCGGGAAAGAAAGAACGGAAUUUAAGGGACGGUAUAGAUGGGGACCGUGAGAGGAAUAUAAUACAUCAAUCUAUUGAAUAAAUAAUCUUCACGAAAGAAAUAACAAUUUCUACAUUUCUUAAGGUUCUCGCGUUCAAAAGUAUUGGUGACAAUGAAUUUGGACACCUACUGUCAGCUUAGUAAAGUGUAUAUACUCGUAUGGUUUAACUGGGGGUUGUAGUAAAUUUUUAAUUGAUCAACUUGGUUGAUCCCAGCACUAAAAAAUUAAAUCCACCAUCUUAAAAUGAA